AUGAAUAACCUCAUCCGAACUUUAUCUAGAGCAAAUUAUAACUAUCACGUGCUCGACAACCCACAAAUUAGCGAUGAGGAAUACGAUGCACUCUACCGUCAGUUGGUUGAUCUAGAAACAAAGUAUCCUCAGCUUACACUGACUAAUACACCAACGAAGAAAGUGGGUGAAAGACCAAUGAACAAAUUUGGUUCUGUUACACACAAUACACCGAUGUUAUCUCUGGGCAAUGUAUUUAACAACGAAGAACUCAUCCAGUUCGAUGAAACUGUACGCGCAAAAAUCAAAGACAAAGAUCUCGCCUAUGACGUGCAGUUAAAGUUAGAUGGUCUGGCAGUCAACAUUCUGUACAAAGAUGGUUUACUGGUUAGUGCUACCACUCGUGGUGAUGGACAUGUAGGAGAAGACAUCACAGAGAACAUCAAAACCAUUCACAAUGUUCCAUCGGUACUUAUAUCAGAUCAAGGUAUUCCUGAAUUGUUAGAGGUGCGUGGUGAAGUGCUGAUGCCCAAAGCAGGGUUUAUGAAAAUGAACCAAGAGAAGAUUGCCAAAGGAGAGACUCCAUUUGCAAACUCUCGAAAUGCUGCGGCAGGAAGUCUAAGACAGGUAGAUCCAAAUAAGACUGCAAUUCGACCUCUAGGGUUUUAUGCAUACAACAUCACACGCAUUGAUCCUAAGUUUGCAGUAGGUGAUACAUUUACACAAUUAGAGAAUCUCAAGUCUUUAGGUUUUGACAUUUCAGAAAAACACUUUCUUUGCAAAACGAUUGAAGAAGUCAUUGAGAAGUAUGACGAGAUCUUACUCAAUCGAGAAAAGCUUGAUGUAGAUAUUGAUGGCGUUGUUAUUAAAGUCAAUAGUCAAAGUCAUCAAGAGAAAUUAGGGUAUGUUAGUCGUGAACCUCGAUUCUCGGUGGCAUACAAGUUUCCUCCUGCGACCGCGAUCACCGUUGUUGAAGGCGUUGAUUGGCAGGUAGGUCGUACAGGUGCAGUUACGCCUGUUGCAAGACUAUCGCCAAAGUUCAUCGGUGGUGUUACGAUCUCUAACGUGACUUUGCACAACAUCGAAGAAAUCCAACGACUGGACUUACGCAUUGGAGAUCAGGUCAGUGUGUGUCGUAGUGGAGAUGUUAUUCCAAAGGUGACUAAAGUCUGGACAGAGCUAAGAACAGGUCAGAACAAUCCAAUCGUAUUACCGAGCGAAUGUCCUAUAUGUCACUCGGUAGUCAUCAAGCCUGCAGGAGAAGCAAUUGCUCGUUGUGCAGGAGGGAUGGCAUGCCCUGCUCAGGCAAUCGAAGCAAUCAUUCAUUUUGCAUCACGAAAAGUCAUGGGCAUUGAUGGAUUGGGAGAAAAAUGGAUCGAAUUCUUUGCCAUGUUAAAUCUUUUAAAAGAUAUCUCUGAUAUCUACUAUCUAAAAGACCAUAAAGAUUUUUUAAUUUCCAUUGAUAAGUUAGGUGAGACUUCUGUCAAUAAUCUUCUUUGGUCAAUAGAAGAAAGUAAGAAGACAACAUUAGCGAAGUUUCUUUAUGGUCUAGGUAUUCGUGGUGUAGGUUCGUCUACCUCUCGCUUGUUGGCACAGCACUUUGGAACACUUGAUAACAUCAAAAAUGCUACAGUAGAUCAGCUUAUUCAAAUCAAUGAUAUUGGUGAGAUUACUGCACUCUUAAUUGUUGCCUUUUUCCAAGUACCUACAAAUCUAGACAUUGUCAAUCGCUUGAUUGAUGCAGGUGUACAUUGGGAAGAAGUCAAGAUGGGUGAAGAUUUACCAUUAAAAGGUUAUACCAUUUGUAUUACUGGAACAUUGACUGACAUUACCCGUCCUGAAUUGACUGAACUGUUAGUUAGAAAAGGUGCAACUGUAACUGGUUCAGUUUCAGGUAAAACAACACUUUUAAUUGCAGGUGAAAUGGCAGGAUCGAAACUUGCCAAGGCGCAAAAACUUAACAUCUCAAUAUACGACGAGCAAACCACAUUAAACUUUUUAAAAUCAUUGGAGAAAUAA